AUGUCCGAGACGGUGCCGCUCACUGGCUUUUUGAAGGCCGAUGUGCAGGUGACGCCGCAGUCGAAGCCAACGUAUGACUACAGCUUCAUGACGGGGGGUCUUCUUUCCUGCUUCACAUAUUUUUGCUUGCCUCCUUGCUCCUCUACAUGCCUCACAACUUUCCGGAACAUGUCGAAGCUGGAAGCGAACAAGCCAGUGGAGGUGGCAGAUGCACGGAAGAAGCAGGCGGAGGACGGCCUGAAUGAACGAGAUUUUUUCAACAAACAUGGCUUCGUCCUUCUGAAGCAUCAGACACGGAUGACAGCCGAAGAUUGGCUCACCAGCACUGCUGUGCCGUCAGCAAAGAAACCCCUAGAGAAGAAGCCGGGCGAGCCUUCAGCUGUGCGUGAUAUCUAUGCCCAAGAAAUUGAACCUGUUAUCCGGGAGCUACUGCCAAACGCCAAUGACAUUUUCUUCCCAGCCUCUGCUCUGCGGCGUGGACCUGGGGGCCCAAAUACUCACUAUGGUGUGGGGGUGCACCAAGACUACGGCCUACAUCCCGAGGACAUGAAAUCAGGCUACAAGACCGGAGGAACAGACAGCUAUGAGGACUUUUUGGAGAAGCUGAAGCGUGAAGACACGGCUGGGUUCUCGAUACUCAACUUCUGGCGCCCGGUGCUGCCAAUGGCAGGGCCAGUGAAGAGCCUUCCCUUGGCCUUAUGUGAUCCCAGCACAGUUGAAGCCAAGGACUGCCUGCCGAUAGAAGUUCAUGGCUUUGUUCCUGGAGGUCAGCAGAGCUUGAUCCUCAGAUUUCGGAAAGACCAAAAGUGGUACUACUACCCCAAUAUGACCACGGAUGAGGUCCUUGUCUUCCGGGCAUUUCACUAUGAAAGAGAUGUCAAAGUGCCCAACAGACAUAUCAGGACGGUCUUCCAUGCAGCUUUCAAUCAUCCGGCUACUUCACCUCAAGAUGAGAAGCGGUGCAGCAGCGAGUACCGAGUUGGAGUUUGGCUAAAGUGA